AUGGCUCCUAUUCUCUCCGCCAUAGGCGCUGCCGCCCUCGCUGCCAUGCCGUUGGCUAGCGCCCACAUCUGCAUGAAGAACCCGCUGCCCUUUGACGCCACCCAGUUGAGGCAGGACCGCAGCCCCCUCACCCCAGAGCAGUACCCCUGCAAGUUCCAGACCUACCAGGCAACGGAGCGCACCGAGCUCGCCGUCGGCCAGCAGUACACUCUGGACUUCUACCCCGGUGACGAUGCGGAGAUUGCCGAGAUUGGCAGCACCCAGGGCGCCGCCGUGCACAACGGUGGCUCGUGCCAGCUGUCCAUCACCUACGACGAGAACCCCACGGCCAAGUCGGUCUUCAAGGUCUUCCACUCGAUCGAGGGUGGCUGUCCGGGCUUUAACCAGAAGACGUCGAGUUUCCAGUACUCGAUCCCCAAGUCGCUGAAGAACGGCCCGGGCAUCCUGGCCUGGACCUGGUUCCCCGUGUCCAGCUACGCGCCCGAGAUGUACAUGAACUGCGCGCCUGUGACCAUCUCGGGCGGCGCCGACGACAACUCGGCCUUCGACGAGCUGCCCGAUAUGUUUGUCGCCAAUCUCGGCUUCAGCACCUUCGACGCCGGCCUCGGCGCCGUCAGCUCCAUCUCCCAGAGCACCGUCACCCAGGCCAGCCUGCUCGCCCAGGGCCAGCUGCCCCAGUGCGUCACUCAGGGUGAACGAGUUCUGGAGUUCCCCAACCCCGGCGACAGCCUCGACGUCGGCGCCUCCGACGUUCUGAAGGGCGGCCUCGCCGUGCCCACGGGCCAGUGCGCCGGCGGCGGCAGCAAGGCUUCUUCCUCUUCCGGCUCAUCCCUCUCUAGCGCCGAGACCUCCGCCGUUGUCCAGCCCUCUUCUGUUGCCGGCAUCUUCGCCGAGGCGCCCUCCUCCGCCCACGAUGUCACUCUCA